AUGGCAGGCGUGCAAUUGUGGGAAUCCGGAGGGCAUGCUACUCCCCCAAACUACCCCGAGUCGGCCCUUGCCCGAACUGGUCCAGCGAUGAAGCAGGCAUUUCUGGAGAAGAAGAAGAUCUAUCGUGGCUUCAAAUAUCCCGCGUGGUGCCACUCGGACCUCUUAUUCUGGAACGUUGAUCUCUCUGCAUGUCGGCAUCUGAAAAGCGACGGCAAUUGA